GUCAUCUCUUCUCUCGAUAUCCGGUCGGGUUCGCACUGCCUCUCAGGUCUCCAUCAGGCGACCCGUAUACUAGCAACGAGUUUGGCUCUGCCUCGGCAUCAAACUAGACGUUUCGGCCUUGUCCGUGUAGGGGAGGAGGCCGUCUAUAACGAGGUCGAUAGGAUGAGGUAUUCCGGCCGGACCGCAACUGCGAGACCGGCCAAGUACAGCCUGUCUGCUGCGAACGCUCAGGCGAAAGCCCGCAAACGUGGAGAAGUCUAUCAUGACGCGGCCGGUUCAAGCAACAAAUCCACCCUCGACGGCUUGGCUGGACUCGAUCGUGUAGACGUUUCUCGAGGAAAGAGGUACAAGACCAUGGCUAGCCGGCAUAAACCGAAGAUCUAUAAAGGUCGAGAUCGGGAUGCGAGGGGAUAUCAACGCAAACAACCUGAAGUGACGUAUGAUCAAGAAGAAUUAUCGAAUGGAGUCGAGGUACAUCCUGUGACGACGACCCCUACUCGAUACGCCGAUCACCCAUUCAAUGUCGCUACUGUGCCUAUGACCGGUGUCAAACGACCCAGAUCUUCAGAAUUCGAAACGCCUCCUCCUAUACACGUACCACAGCCCCAACAACACAAAAGAGCUCGCUACGAAUCGCCUGACCUAUACAGCCCCGACCCUUAUUCUACUCCGAUGCAACCGAGACCGACGAUCAGACCUCCGUCGAGAGAGCAUCGUUAUCAAGCCCAAUUUGGAAAGGUCGACACUGGACCGUAUUACCGUUCUCCUUCGAGCGCGUACCAAACCGCUCCGCAGGCGCGGGCGGGAGGCUUCAACUAUACCAAUCUUUCUGGAUCCCCGAUACCGUUCCGAUACAGCUCACCUCUGAUCAUGUCGAAACCUUUGAAAACUGCCCACACCGUCCAACGACAAGCUUGGACGCGAAAGCCCUCCAUCUCGCCUUAUCCCUCUGCUCAUUUCAAACCGUCAGCCUCGCCGGCGUUCUUCAAGAAUCCUGGACCAACGUAUUCCUUGGAGCACAACCAUCCGCCUUUCACCUCUCAUCCACACCUGCCCUUCCAAGUGCCGCUUAGCAAGAGUUCCACAGCGGCUCGCUUGCCAUACGGUCGACCCCAUGUUCGAACCCAGACGUUUCCCGACUAUGCGCGCAAGGCUCCUGCAAUGUCGUUCCAGCCAACGAUGCCUAUCAUUCAAGAAGAAAGCCCGAUCCCCGCCAAUGACGUUUUCUCUCCUCCUCUUCCGAUACGUACGCCGUCCUACAACUUCAAUCACCAUGACUACCACACCGAAGACAGAGCCAUGUCGCCCGAAACGCAGACCUAUGCCCCACUCUCGGAAAUGCCUGUCUACAAUCCUCCCGCGCCCAAACUCAUGUGGCAAGCGCAUCGUGCCACCGACAUCGUCUCGUCCCAAUCGACAGCCAGUCACGAUGAGAACCUCCGACCCUCUCAAGAAUCGGUCGUUUCGUUACCCAUCUUUGCGCCCAAGGCGUCGAUGGGCAUCGAUAUCGACGCUCUGGAAGCAGCCGCCCGAUCGCCUUCGACGGAGCUCGAUGCAGGGGGAUUGUCGCUGGGAUGUCCUGCGGAAUCUUCUCUCACUCUGAACGACACCACUCUCAAGGUCAGACCGGAACCGGAUGGAAGAGGCAAGAAUCAACCGAAAGACCGCGCUACGUUGACUUUGACAAGACCGGACAAGCCUGAUUUUCCUGACGUACCUACGCAGUCGUCUGUUAAUGUAGCGCAUCACCGACCUAAGCCUAAACAACGUCACAAAACCCGACACGAAUCAACCAACACCGGUCCUCAAGACGAAUCAAAGCCACUAUCCGCAAUUCGGCCAGCAUUUCACCCCGGACUCUCCACUUUUUCCAACAUGGACGACGCGAACGAGGGAAUGAGGGAAGAGACGGAUACAAUCGUUUCCUUUGAAGACGAAUCUCUGGGGAAUAUCGACAAGACGCAAUCGCGAGAGGGUUCUGUUAGGGUGCAGGAGACAAUCGAAAGCUCCGGAUCGCCGGACCAGCGGAGAACAGAGGUUGAAGAACGGAUCGACGGAUCGAGCGUCUCUGAACAGACCGCGGAAUGUCGGGAGGAGAUCGAGGAUAGGAGUUUUCCGGGAUUUGUCAUUUGGAGCGAUUAUUCAGGUUGAAAGCAAGAUGGUAGCAUUUAGCAGCUUAGUAGUUUAGUAGUGAGAGGUCACGUGAUUACAGAUAUCGCGAUGCGAGUCGCCCGCUCAUUGUUGGAUCAGUGAUCUCGGCCUUGUCCUUUACUACCUUUGGGUUGUACGUCGG